ACAAGCACACAGGAAGUACUCAUUAUUAGCAUUUCUUUUACAAUUUUCGUUGUAAACAGAAGCAGCAAAAGACAAUACAGCACUCAAAGUAUAUAGCAACACAAACGCUAAUUCGGUAGAAAGCUAGCACGAUAGCACAAACUGCUUGCCAACAUCCAUUAAAGUAUUAACUACGUUAGCAUUAGCUUGGUUGCUCUUGCUAGUUAGUUAGCUAACUUACUAGCGGUUUCUUGGGAAGUGACCGUGAACGCGAGUCAUAAAACAUCCAACAAUGGACAGCAAUCUCGAAACACCGUACGAAGAAGAGGAUGAAUUUAUUGAAUGCACGAUCUGUGAUAAGUCCAUAAGGGGAGAGACCCUGUACAAGAUACACCUGACUACACCAGGACAUAUAAAGAAAGAGGAUGCCAUUGUUGCUUCAGGGCAUGCUGUCAGAAAGCAACGUGUCCCGAUAUUUGAGGACAUUGUACAAUAUCUGGAUUACAUGAAGCUUGAUGAGCCAAUCAUCGGUUUGGACUUUUUGGAUGAACUGCCUUGUAGUGACCCACAGUCAGGCCCCAAAUACGCAUGCAGGCUGUGUAAUCAGAACGCCAACCUCUCAGAAACGGUCCGUCAUGUGAUUGGACGCAAACACCGGCAGAGAUAUGUGGAGAUUAAACGGCCAGACUUGGUGACCUGGACUAAACAGUCAAUAAUAACCCACGGAGGAAAGAUCAUACGAGCCAAAGCAGAGAUUAUAGAGAGACAGGAUGGACGAGGAUGUCCAACGAAACUGCCGAAAAAGAGGACAGAAGGCAGAUUAAACAUCACAAGAGUUCCCCCAAGGCAGAAGCAAAAUUGGGACCGAAACAUCCCGAAAAUUUCGACCCAGCGAGUUUUACCGCCACUUCUACCAGAACUCAAAAACUAUAAGGAUAAGCACUCUCAGCCAGGGAGGUAUUCCUCAGGAUACCCAGAUACACCCUCAUUCCAUCCAGAAGACUCUUACAUGUUGGACAGAGACAGACCAAAGCAGCGACAGGAUACUUACAGUCAUGACCACAUGGAAGAUAAGCCGCGGAGGGCAGACUACAGGGAAAGUGAUUCAUACAGAGGAGAGUAUAUGGACCCUGAUUAUCGUAUGGAGUAUGAAGAUGAAUAUGUUGAAGAUCCACAAAGAAGAGCCACACCCAAGCCAGGUGGUGUUCCCACGUAUGAAUCAAGGGACGAGAUGCCCCGUGGCCCCGUAGAGUAUUACCCAGAAGAGGCUCCUCCUUACAAAAGGUCCUACCCAGAAAGAGAUCCACUGAAGGAGUUCUACUCUGAGGAAGUUCGGCGUGGACGAGUUCGCUCUGCUGAGCGCCAGUCCUCGCAGCCGGUUUUCCCAGAAGAUGAUGAACAACGGUGGUCACUGGACAGGGAACCUGGUAGAUAUGACAGUAUGAAUAGAACAAGCAGGCAGGGGUCGAGUGAACCAGAGGCCAACAGGAGGAGCUUUCCCACACCUGUGGAGAGUGACCGGUCGCGUGACCUUGUGUUUGGUACGAGCAAAGAUUAUUGUCAUGGGAUGAAAGAACCAUAUCAAGUGGAGGCAGAUGACGUCCCUGGACCAAGCAGAUCUGGACCCCUUAACUCCCAGAGACGAGUGGAAGUUACCAGGGCCAUAUCUGACAUCCCGGAGCCAUUCAGGCGUUUCCUGAAAGGCCCCACUGCCAAUGAGGACCACGGUAAAAGAAAAAGAAAGAGUCGCUUCUCUGAUGCCACUGUAGAGGAGCUGGAAACGACAAAGGAGAUGUUCAGUGAUGAGUAUGGACCUCCAAAUCCAAAAUUUGGCCAUUGUCUGCGACCGGUUAGUGCACCACUGAGACCUGAAAGCCAAGGACCACAGUAUCCUGACUUCUACUCAGAAUCACAGAGCCCUCAUCAUAGUGAAAACUACCAAAGAGGAGACUCUGAGUCAGGGGGCGUCUUUGAUAUACUGAAUAACAUUGAAAUUGAAAAUGCAGAAGAGGCUGACUUCCUGAAGAACAAACUUUGCAACCUUCUGAAAGAAUUCAAGAGCAAAAAAUCGGAGAGAGCUGCGCAGAAUAGCCAAGGUCGAGCAGCCAUCCCCAAAGACUAUGACAGCUUAAGCCCGGACCCAAAGCUGUCUCCAAGACACCAAUAUGACACACCUCUCAGGGAAGAUUUUGACCUCAGACAAGCCGAAGACAGCUACUAUAAAGAGGAUCACAGAGGAAGAGGCUGGCAGCAGCAUGAGCAUAUACCUGACGAGAGGAAUACCACCAUCCCAGAAUACCACCAUCCUGUACACGGGGAACCCAGACAGUCAAACAGAAGCCGUUAUGAAGACGUUUUUGGGCAGCACGGGAUGUCUCGGAUGCCUCAUAUCACCCGUCCAGAUGAGCCAGACCCUUAUCCUGAAAGGUUUCAAGAACCCAAGCACCCUCGUGACUACCAACCUGCCGACAAGGAGUUUUUGGACUCCCACUCUUAUUCACCUCCGCUCCAUGUGGAACGAGGACCCAGGAUGGACAGGGGCCCUCAGUACUCCUCCAACCUGGAUAAAAUCACCUCCACCCUACUGGAACUUGUAAAAAGGAAAUAAUAGUCAAAUUUCCAUAAAAGUUCUAUAAACUUAAAAACCAUACAUUUACUGAGAUUCUUUGAUUUGAAGACAUAAUUUGAUGUUAAAUUUUCUUCCAUCAUGUCUGUUUUUUAGGUUAUUUGCGUUUGACACUUGUGAAUUUAGUUCUUGAAAAAUACUGAGUGUGUAUGUAAACAUUAAACCAUUUUUCAA